AUGAUAUUUAAAUACCUACAGUUUGUAUACACUUCCAGUGUAUUUUAUAACAGUGGUUUUAAAUAUUUAACUGAAAAUGUUCUUAACCAAAUUGCAACCAGUGCAGACAUAAGCACAACAAAUACAAGAUGGAUCUUGCAGAAGGUAGAUAAUUUUGAUGAUAAAUCUGAAACAUGGAAAAUGAGGUACUUUGAGAAUCUCAAUUUUUUUAAAUAUAAAGGACCCGUAUACAUUUACAUCGGUGGAGAGGGUGAGGCAAAUCCUCGUUAUUUAUCAGCUGGCAUUAUAAAAGCCCUCGCGCAGGAGACAAAUGGUGCUAUGUUCAUGACUGAACAUCGGUACUAUGGGAAGAGUUUACCAUUUGAUGAUAUUUUGGAGAAAGUUAAACAUAUGAAAUGGUUAUCGUCAAGGCAAGCAAUGGCUGAUAUUGCACAUUUAAUAAAAAGUAUAAAAACAAAUCCGACCUUUAAAUUAUCAAAAGUAGUAGUUAUUGGAGGGUCCUACGCGGGCAACUUAGCGGCUUGGAUGCGGCUUAUGUAUUCUGAUUUAGUAGAUGCUGCGAUUGCAAGUAGUGGGCCAGUAUUAGCGAAAAAAGAUUUCUUUGAGUACAUAGAAAAAGUUAAUGAGAAUUAUGAAUUGUAUGGUACUGAACAGUGUUUGGACAAAAUUAAAAAGGAUUUUGCAACAUAUGAAGAAAUGCUUCAGAGCUCCGAAGGUAUUGAAGAGCUAAAAAAUAAAUUUAAUAUUUGUCCUGAAUGCGAUAUGAAUGUCGUAGAAAAUCAGUGGGUGUUUUUUUCUGCUCUUACAGGAGAAUUUAUGUCUAAUUCUCAAUAUGGAAAUCCACAGCGUAUCAAAGAACAUUGCUCAAAGUUAGACAACUCUAUGAGAUAUAACUCUUCUGACACAAUGUUAAGGAAUUCGAAAAGCAAUUGUAAGAACUUUAAAUUUGAUUCUAUGAUAAAGGAUAUACAGAGAGACCUGGGUGCAUACUCAUGGGUUUAUCAGACUUGUACAGAAUUUGGAUAUUUCCAAACAACGACGUCAGAUUCACAACCAUUUGGCGAAGUACUUCCACUGGAUUUCUUUGUAAAAACAUGUCGAAAUGUGUAUGGGUCUGACUUCAAUGAAGGCAGGGUUGACAAAGGCGUAGACACAACUAACAAAAUUUACGGUGGGUUAAGUCCAAACGUAACUCGUGUAGUUUUCGUUAACGGUGACAUGGAUCCAUGGAGUAGGUUGGGUAUUCUUGAAGAUCUUUCGUAUGAAGCGCCAGCUACUGUGAUUCAUCGAGCUUCACAUUGUACCGACUUAUUUCCAGAUGCGCCUGGUGCUUCAGAGGAAAUUAAAGAAGCUGCCAAACAUGUUAAGUACCUUAUUAAGCGUUGGAUUGGAGUAGAUGAUAAUUCAGAAGUAUUUUAA